AGGGAGGGAGGGUCGGAAAGGGGGCGUGACCGCGGCGGGGGGAAGACGCGUCGUACAUAUAUAUACAUAGAUAUAAUAGAUGGGAUGGGAGAGCAAUGAAGAGGUCUUGUUGAUUUCCCGCCAAAACAACAAGGAUCAGCCCAUCCCUCUUCUCUCUCUCUUCUCUAGCUCACCUCCCCCUUUUCUCUUCUUCUCAAAUCCCUAAAACUGUUACAGAGCCUUCGGCAAUGCGCGGUGGCACUGUUCAGAUCAAUUGGCACGACACUAAGCCCGUCCUAACCCUUGAUUUUCAUCCUACCUCCGGGAUUCUCGCUACUGGCGGCGCCGAUUUCGACGUCAAGCUAUGGAUUAUUAAUUCAAGUGAAGUGGGAAAGAAAAUCCCCACUGCUUCUUAUGAGAGUAGCCUUGCUUACCAUGGUUCUGCUGUGAACGCUCUUCGCUUCUCACCUUCAGGGGAAUACCUUGCCUCUAGUGCUGAUGGAGGUGAACUGGUUAUAUGGAAAUUACAUGUAACCGAUCCAGGUCGGGCAUGGAAAGUUCUCAAGACAUUAUCGUUUCACCGUAAGGAUGUGUUAGACCUCGAGUGGUCUUCUGAUGGUGCAUUUCUUGUUUCUGGAUCAGUUGAUAAUUCUUGCAUUAUAUGGGAUGUUAACAAAGGUUCUGUUCAUCAAAUUUUAGAUGCUCAUCUCCAUUAUGUUCAAGGUGUGGCGUGGGACCCAUUAGCCAAAUACAUUGCUUCACUUAGUUCAGACAGAACUUGCCGGAUAUAUGUCAACAAGCCUCAAACUAGAGCAAAAGGAAGUGAGAAGAUGAAUUAUGUUUGUCAGCAUGUUGUCUCCAAGUUGGAGCCUCAAACGAUGGAUGAGUCUAAGUUAGUUAAAAACCAUCUCUUUCAUGAUGAGACAUUACCAUCUUUCUUCCGAAGGCUAGCCUGGUCACAUGACGGAUCAUUUUUGCUGGUGCCUGCAGGUUCUUACAGAUUCUCACCUGCAUCUGAACCAGUUAACACCAGCUAUGUUUUCUCUAGAAAAGAUUUUACGAGGCCUGCUCUACUUCUCCCCGGUGCCAGCAAACCUGUGGUUGCAAUGCGCUUCUGCCCUGUGACAUUUAGGCUGAGGGCUUCAAAUCCAGCUGCUUUCUUCAAGCUCCCUUAUCGUCUUGUUUUCGCUUUGGCUACUUUGAAUUCUUUAUACAUCUACGACACAGAAAGCAUUCAGCCAAUAGCAAUCAUGGCUGGACUUCAUUAUGCAGCAAUAACUGACAUCACAUGGUCACCUACUGGAAAAUAUUUAGCACUGUCCUCUCAAGAUGGUUACUGCACUCUUGUAGAAUUCGAGAAUGAUGAACUAGGAACACCUGUAUCUGAAGGGAAGAAGGUUGUGGGGGAGGAGAGCGACAUUUCGAGUCAGAAAGCAGAGGAUACAGGGAUUAGAGAAGUUACAGACAAUGGCAUUAGAACUGUUGAUACAAAUGCAGCUCCAGCUCCAGCAGCAGCAGUUAAAAUUGAAGAACAGCAACAGCCAUCAUCAGCGAGUCCAGCGGCAACCCCCUCGCAGAGUAGGCCUGCCAAGAGGCGCAUUACUCCUAUGGCAAUAGAUUGAGCAAAGUUAGUCGGCCUUUACACUAAUUAUGUACAUUUCAGUAGCUGAAGAAGUUGUGAUUUCUAGGCGUCACCUGGCAUUAUAUUGUCCUUUUUCCUUUCCCCUCUUUAUAUGUGGGCUCAUUUGUAGUUAGUAAACUCAACUGCCAGCUAUUCUCUUCUUCGGUUGCUUCUUUGUGCCUGCCCGUGGUGUUAUGUUUAAGUUAUUAUAUAUGAUGGUAGGCAACACUUUUGAUUUCUAA